AAGCCAUUCACUGAACCCGAAAAGCAACAGUCUUUGUUUGGAAUCAUGAAGCUGUUGGUGGUUACCUUGGCAUGGGCAGUAGCCGUCGCAGGGGCAGUUGAGAAGGGUCCCGAGGAACCCGAUCAUGUGAUCACCAAUGGAAAUCCCGCCUACGAAGGACAGGCGCCCUACGUGGUGGGCAUGGCCUUUGGGCGAAGCAACGUAUGGUGCAGUGGCACCAUCAUUAGCGACACCUGGAUCCUCACUUCGUCGCAAUGCUUGGUGGGCAGUUCCGGGGUGACCAUUUACUUUGGAGCCACCAGGCUGAGUGAGGCGCAGUUCACGGUUACAGUGGGCACCAACGCGUAUGUGACGGGCAGCCAGCACCUUGCCCUGGUUCGAGUUCCCCGGAUUGGGUUCAGCAACCGGGUCAACCGGGUUGUCCUACCCUCGCUGAGGGAUCGAUCCCAGCGCUACGAGAACUGGUGGGCCAGUAUCUGUGGCUGGGGAGUCACGACCUUCAGCAAUGGACUCACCGACUGGCUGCAGUGCGUGGACCUCCAGAUAAUGUCCAACAACCAGUGCGUCGCCUUCUACGGAUCCACCACGGUCUCUGACCAGAUCCUGUGCACCCGUACUCCCAACGGAAGGUCAACUUGCUAUGGCGAUGCCGGCAGCCCGCUGGUCACCAAGCAAGGAUCCACUCUGGUGGGAAUUUCCGCUUUCGUGGCCUCCAACGGCUGCACCUUGGGCUUGCCGGCUGGCUUCGCCAGGAUCACCAGCGCUCUGGACUGGAUCCGCCAAAGGACUGGCAUCGCCUACUAAAGGGUCAAGACUGUUGAAAAAUAAAAAAAAAAUAAAUAAACCCCAAACCUGCACAUUAA